CCAUCUCACCAUCAACAUUAUUCACUUCACUGUGAAUUGUGUGAUGAUUGUUUUCUUUUUUCUGACUCAUAUCUGUCAUGAAUAUACUUUGACUUCUUCUGGUUGCACAGAUACUUUCUGAGGACUUCGAGUCGAAACUUUUAAUUGCGCAAUAGCUCUAUCUGCACUGACCCGAUUUCUUAUGAAACCAUUUUUUAGGAUUAGGCUACUAAAGCGAUCCCUCAUCUCCCUCAUGCAGAUUAUAGGCCUCAUUUUUUUCAUUCUUUAUGUUUGCCUUCCAUUGGCGUUUCGCUUUUUGCCUACUUUCCAAAGGCAUAUGGUGUUCUUACCAUAUGUGCGAUGGCCUUUUGGGGUGGACUUUGCUGACCCGGAAUCCCAAGGGUUGAGUGGAGCACGUAAUCUGUACUUGGAGACUGAUGCAGAUGUCAAAGUGGGAGUUUGGCACAUUUUGCCAGAGUCUGUGAUGGAUGCAAAGUUUGAAACACCAGAAGAUUCCUUUUCUUCAGGCCAUCCCAUUAUUUUAUACCUUCAUGGAAAUUCAGGCUCAAGGGCAGGCAGUCACCGUAUAGAAUUGUAUAAAAUCCUGCAAUCUUUAAACUACCAUGUGGUCACUAUGGACUAUAGAGGAUAUGCUGACUCAACUCAGGCCCAUAUGUCUGAAGAUGGUGUCAUUACUGAUGCAACAGCUGUCUACAAUUACAUAAAGAAACAUUCUAAGGAUGCCAUGAUUGUUGUGUGGGGCCAUUCACUUGGUACUGGUGUUGCUUCAAGAACGGUGGGACAACUUUGCAGCGAGAAACGGUCUCCCGAUAGGCUAAUUUUGGAAGCUCCCUUCAACAACAUUCGAGAUGAGAUUCGAAAUCAUCCACUUUCAUAUAUCUUCCGUCCUAUCCCCGCAUUCGAUUGGUUUUUCACCGAACCUCUAGUCGCCAAUGAUCUUGCCUUUGAUAGUGACUUGCAUAUUCCGAAAAUCGACAGCCCAAUUCUGAUUCUACAUGCUCAGGACGAUGCAGUGAUCCCCAUCAUUCUUGCCAAGAAGCUUUACGAAGUAGCGCUGAACAAGCGUCCUGCCGAAUGGCCUCCAGUGCAGUUCGUAGAAUUUCACUACAACUUUGGAUAUGCUCACAAAUAUAUCUGCAGAGCUCCAGAACUGCCAUCGAUAAUUCAGGAAUACAUCGAUUCAAGUCUAGAUACAAGGAAAUCAGGAAAGCAACUAAUUGCAUAGUCGUUCCCGGUGCAUUCAUUUUGAUGUGACUUUCUUCCAAACGCGGUUUAGGCUUUGCUUUGUUUAAUUUAAAUUGACUUGCGGCUGAUUUUAUCGCCGCAGCAUUUUCUCUGAGCCGAAAUGAAAUUAUGACCGAAACGAGUGCAACUUGUAAUGCAUUUGAUACCAAUACCAUGACGUGUUGUGCCUAUCUGUCUCUCCUAUGCGAAUGAUUCAAGACGAGUCCUAUUUUUUCUAAUUGACUUGUCUUUUAUUUGCCCUUUUCUCUAGUAACCUUUGUCUUUUUAUGUGUGAGUCGUGUUACCAAUCUUUGAACCUAGUCUAAACAUCCAAAUGAAAUAAAACAUUCCCGAACUCGUG